AUGAUUGAUAUGAUCAAUAAUCUUGUUGUAAAGGCUAUCUAUCGCUGCAUUAGAGAAUGAGCGCCGUUUCAGUCAACAAUUUGAUCGUUCUAAACACACCCGAUCAGAAGCGUUACGUAAUUCGCGGGAAAUCAUGGGAGAGGCCGGAUCAUCAAAUUCAACGCAUGCGCAAUCGAUCGUAAACAAUGACAUGGUUUUAAUUCAGCACAUGCGCAAUACAUCGACUCGGAUCGUUGAUGAUCUAGCCUCUCUCGUGAAUGGAGGUAAAAGAGUCCACUCUCCAGUGCCUCUCGGCAAUGAGUUAUCCUGAUGAAAGGUGGCGCUCAUUCCAAUAUGGUGGUUAGUGACAGAAAGCUUUACAUUUUUCUGUAACAAAUCGACAAAAAUGGCAUCAAAAGACGAGGACAGGAUUGACUUUGACAAGCUAGAACUCGAACUGAAUGCUGCAGUUGAAGCUGAUUCCAAAUAUUGGAGGGAAAAUGAUGCAAAAUUUCGAGCUCUCGAUCAGAAGGUUGGCUCCUAUGAGGAAUUCAGAGAUAUAGUUUUGGCAUCUCACAUCAAACCACUUGAUAAGGGAGACAAGAUCCAAGAACACUUCAAUCAGCCAUGGAAUAUUGCGGCAGCCAAAAGGCUGGGGAGUGAUAGUGGGAAGGAUGCUGCACUCAUUAAGCAGGACUCACACCUUCCCAAGACGAAUCAGGAGUUGAUGAGAGACUGGGGAAGAUACUGCAAAACAGCGGAGGAGAGAUACAGCCUUUUAUCGAAAUUAGGAUGUGAGAACUUACGGAAAAUAUUCAAGACUGGGAUUGAGAUACUUGGAGAUAUCUUCGAUCUAUUUCAUAAAUAUGAAAAAACUGAUGUGCAGUUUUGUCUCGAAUUAUUAGAGACUUUGACCAAGGCGGAGCGAUUUGGAUUGUCUUUAGAUUUUCUCAGCAAAGAUGAGAAGGCAUCAUGUAAGAAAAUGUUUGAAAAAUUACGGGGCAUAGUUGAGAAAGAUCAGUUAGACACUCAGGCGAAAAGAAUAGAGGAGCUUGAGAAACUGUAUGAAAUCAGUUGAUUAAGUCAAACGUUGUUGAUAGCCACACUGCUUGGCUUUAAGAUGAACGUACGUAUUGGCGUCAAAAUUCACAUGAAACUGAGCUUGAUGAAAAUCAAUCUUCAGCAUGUAGCAUGUCCUAAGAUGCAGUGAAGGGAUGGAAUUGCCAUCGACUGCCAUAAAGUAAAUCAAUGAUAUUCUAAUAUUUGGCCGUUUUGCCAGUACAGCCGCUGCCCUUUGACUCCAUCCAACUUCCACAACUAUUUUCUGGUUUUCUAAUACUGUAUAACUUUAUAUAUCAGACAAA